AUGGGAUUCGGUGCCGGCCGCCCUCGCCCAGUCCCGGCGCCGCGCUUGGCCGCGGAGGAGGCGGCGCGGCCCGGGCAGCGGCGGCGCUGCGCCCGCCGAGGAGGGGAGGCCGAGCCUGCCAAGCUGGCGCCCGGCGGGGCCAUGGUGGCCGGUGCCCGCGGCGGCUGCGCGCAGGCGGGGGCUGCCGGGCACGGCCUCCUGGCCCUGCUGCUCGUGGUCUGCGCCCCGCUCCGGCUGCGGGCGGACGAGCCGGGCGAUGGCUGUGGACACAUAGUGUCCUAUCAGGACAGUGGCACCAUGGCAUCCAAGAAUUAUCCACGGACUUACCCCAAUCACACGACGUGUGAGAGGACAAUCACAGUACCGAAGGGGAAGAGGUUGGUUCUGAGGUUAGGAGAUUUGGAUAUUGAGUCCCAGACCUGUGCUUCUGACUACCUGCUCUUCACCAGCAAUUCCAAUCAGUACGGACCAUAUUGUGGAAGUAUGAAUGUUCCCAAAGAACUCUUGCUGAACACAAAUGAAGUAACUGUUCGCUUUGCAAGUGGAUCCCACACUUCUGGGCGGGGCUUUUUGCUGACCUAUGCCAGCAGCGACCAUCCAGAUUUGAUAACGUGUUUGGACCGAGCUAACCAUUAUUUGGAGACAGAAUACAGCAAAUUCUGCCCAGCUGGUUGUAGAGACAUAGCAGGAGACAUUUUUGGGAACAUGGUGGAUGGAUAUAGAGAUAACUCUUUAUUGUGCAAGGCGGCCAUCCACGCAGGGAUAAUUGCAGAUGAACUGGGCGGUCAGAUCAGCGUGUUCCAGCACAAAGGGUUAAGUCGAUACCAAGGAAUCCUGGCCAAUGGUGUGCUCUCAAGGGAUGGUUCCCUGUCAGACAAGCGAUUUCUGUUCGCCUCCAACGGUUGCAGCACAUCCUUAAGUUUGGAAACAGACGGGCACAUCAGAGAUUCUUGGCAGUGGGUCGAUGAGUUUAGAGAACAAGUUCAUUGGUCUCCUGGCCAAGCCCGACGUCAGGACCAAGGCCCAUCGUGGUCUUUGGGGGGCAGCAGCAAGAACCACAAGCAAGAGUGGCUGGAAAUAGAUUUGGGAGAGGAGAAGAAAAUAACAGGAAUUAGGACCACAGAAUCCACACAUCCAAAUUUCAACUUUUAUAUUAAGAGUUUUAUGAUGAACUUCAAAAACAACUCCAAGUGGCGGACCUACAAAGGAAUUGUGAAUAAUGAAAAAAAGGUGUUUCGGGGCAACUUUAAUUUUCGGGAUCCAGUGAUGAACAGUUUCAUCCCUCCCAUCGUGGCCAGAUACCUGCGGAUCAUCCCCCUGACACGGCACCAGAGGAUCGCCUUGAAGGUGGAGCUCAUUGGUUGCCCAAUUACACAAGGUAACAAUGAUUCAUUGGUGUGGCGCAAAACCAGUUCCGAUUCAACAGAAAGAGAAGAUGAGACAAUCACAAAACUCAUCCCCUCUGGAGAAAUGUCCACAGGAACAAAGGUCGCAAUGGUGGCUGCUCUGCUGCUGCUCCUUGCCCUGCUGAUUGUUGGAAUCCUUGCGGUCCUUAGAAAGAGGAAGAAGAAAGGAACUCCUUAUGCAUCUGCUAAAGCCCAAAAAACAGACUGUUGGAAGCAGAUUAAACAUCCCUUUGCCAGACAUCAGUCGGCUGAGUUUACCAUCAGCUAUGAUAAUGAGAAGGAGGUGACACAAAAGUUAGAUCUCAUCACGAGGGAUAUGGCGGAUUACCAGCUGCCUGUCAUGAUCGGCACUGGGACGGUCACGAGGAAGGGCUCCACCUUCCGGCCCAUGGACACCGAGGCCCGGGAGGCCGGGGCCAGCGGCGAGGCCGGCAGCCACUACCGCUGCCCUCUCCCCGGCAGCCACGAGUACGCGCUGCCCUUGACCAACCCGGAGCCGGAGUACGCCACGCCCAUCGUGGAGCGGCACCUGGCCCGCGCGCACACCUUCUCGGCGCAGGGCGGCUACCGCGUGCCCACGCACAAGCACUCCCUGUCUUCUGGCAACUUCUCUGCAGCCCCCGCCGGAGAGGGCGCCACGAACCCGGGCUAUCAAAGUCCACAGAGCCCGGUGCUCACCGGCCCCGGCCCCGGCCCCGGCUACGAUCAGCCCAAAGCCGGGGGCUGCUUUUCGGCGGAGUGUGCACAGCCCGACUGCCAGCCUCCCACGCAUGAUGCUUACUCAGCCCCCCGAGACUGCCUCAAACCCCUCAACCAGACGGCCGUGACCGCUCUGCUGUGAACACAAGUGAACACAAUGUGAAAAGCCUGCUGUGGUACUGAGCACUGGGCUGUGCGCGGCGCUGGAGGAAGGGAGCUGUGUGUGUGAGUGUAUGUGAUUGUGAGUGUAUGUGAGUGUGUGUGUGAGGGUAGGUGUGAGUGUGAGGGUAGGUGUGAUUGUGUGUGUGUGAUUUAAUAGGAUCCUGCGGUGGAGUCCCAGCGACCACCUCUCAUACUGUUUACAAAGUUGUGCAGUUGGUUUUGUUCUGACCCUUUGGGCGCGAGUCUGUUGGGUUUGGUUAGGCUAGAAACAUUUUUGUUAGACAUGGAAAUGUUUAGACGGCAUUUUCAUGUCUCUAACUGUGAUAUUGAGCUGCUCUGGUGUGCAAUGUGCAGUCUGUACAGAGUUGUAUUUAACAAGAGUGAAAGUAACUUAAGUUCGCUUUAUCGGAUUUGAGUUCUGCACGGAGGUUAAGCGGGGGGGGAAUGCAGCUGUUGCAAAAACGUAUAUAAUACUGUGUUCACUUUUUAAAGAUAUUUCCUCUGAUACUGUGUUAGCAGCGGGUCUGUUUAAACUUAAUCUUGUUAUUGUGUCUCAUUUCCUUUCCUUUGAUAACUAGAACUAAAAGCAUUGUUAGCAUUCUUCUCCUGGAAGGAAUUAAAUUACUUGAAGCAUGAAAAGCACACCAGGGUGGUUGUUAACAAUUAUGAUUGUAGAUUAAACACACACACACACACACACACACACACACACACACACACACAACCACCUCAGCAACUGCUGGUCCUUUAGAUUCCGGUGCAGGUGGGGAUGUGCAGUGGCCGGUCUGGGCCUGCACUGGGCAGGCCUCUGCCUGCAGGGGACCUCCCUGCCCUGCCCCGGAGACCUGCAUCCCAGAGGAACUGGCCUACAUCACACUUCGCUUCUUCCUCAGGUCAGACCUGGCAGCGGCUGGCUUUCACAUGCACAUCCGCCUUUACAAACUACCUGCAAAGCCAAAUGCUGAGACUAGCAGCAACCCAGAGGGCGGGCUCUCCCAACGAAAUGAAGGUGGCACAGCAAUUCCAGUCUGAAUCCCUGUGUCGGGUGCUGUUGUACCUCAGAGUAAAAAUAUGGCUGAGGUCAGACGCCCACACUCUUCGUGCCUUUUUUCUCUUUUCCAGAAAGAGCACGUUGUACUCUGUGUGUUCUUACAGAAGUGGCCGAGGCCGAAUCUAAGUGGACCUCUUUAUGCUGAGGUGGUUGGGAACCGAACUGAUUUUGUAAGGAACACUUUUCCGGAGUAUGUGUCUAAUUCCCCAUGAGCCCAGACCUCGGCUGUACCUCAUCUCCAGUGGCUUUUAUUUGCGUUUGCUUCGUGAGAUCACUGUGGGGGAUUUCACCUCUUUUGCCAAAGAGGAAAAUAUGUUCGUUUGUUUUUAUAGAACAUGUGGACCCCAAAAAAUCCUUUCUCUAAAUAAUGUAUUUUAAUCUUACUUGUAUGAUUAUAACUUUCUGUGAAAAAUGUAAAUAUUAUAAUAGCGAGGGUGCUGGAAUGUCACAGACUAUCUGUUGGUUAUUUUGGAGCAUAAAUGGGAUACUUUGUGGCAUUUACAUGGUUUUAUAUGCAUACUAAUAUAAUAAACUACGCCAAAUCAAAGGCCUAUGCCUCUCAUUGGUGUCUACUUGUGGCUCAGGCUCCCAAAACAGACAAGUGGGACAGUGCAAGAAGCAUGGGCUUGGGGUCAGAUGGGUCUUGGUUCCAAACUCUGAUCGGCCACACAAUAGCUGAAGGCGGGGCAAGUUGUGGGAAUCAGUGAAGAUGACCAGAUUAGCACAAGCAGAGGCCAGGCAAGAGCUUGCCUGCUACCGCAGUGGAACCAGCCACUUCACUUGCAUUUUGGCAGAGAGAGGCUCCAAGGCAGCAAGGAGUGGGUAAGGUUUACAAGGGGUGGGAAAGGAGGGAGGCUUUUCUCCCGUAUUUUUCAUUCUGAACAUGCUUUUACUCUAUUGGUUCAUGAUUAGUUUACCAGUAGCUGGCAGUUUAUUUUGUCUUUUCCCCCUGAAAAAAAAAUCCAUUUUUAAUUUUUCUUUAGUUCUCCUAUUUUUCUGCCUCAGAAGCUCGCAACCCAUUUGUUACAGCCCCAGGUGGAAGUAAAACGGCCUUAAACAAUGGCAAGGGUAACCCUAGGGAGGCCCCUAGUGAGAUUUAUACCUUCCUCUGACGUCACCAAUAUCCUUGUUGCAGCUUUGCUUCCUAAAGAAUAUGGGGGCUGUGUGCACACAGGAAGAGGUCGUGUGUGUGUGUGUGUGUGUGUGUGUGUGUGUGUGUGUGUGUGUGUAGGGUUGGAGGGAUUGGAAUGCUAUAGUCUCCAGGACCUAAGAACCUACAAUGGAACUUCAGUUCUGGCAUUCUAACACUCAACUACAGAAAAACUAUUUCUAGUGCAGUUUAAACCCAGCUCAACCAUAACCUUCAUUUCUGAAAAUCAAAACUGAAUCAAUCCUAGGUUUCAUCAAAUCUUGUGUCGUUUUAGAAAAAAGAAAUAUAAUUAUUGAGGAAAAAGAUUGAAAAGCUGACAAUUUCAUCUAUAUUUCCUCUUUUCCUCUUGGAAAGUGGCCAAUUAAAGUAGAAUUAAGCCCAGCUGGCAUGGCUCAGUGGUUGAGUGUCUACCUAUGAAUCAGUAGGUCAUGGUUUGAUUCCUGGUCAGAGCACAUGCCCGGGUUGUGGGCUUGAUCCCCAGUGUGGUAUGUGCAAGAGGCAGCCAAUCAAUGAUUCUCUUUCAUCAUUGGUGUUUCUAUCUCUCGCUCCCUCUCCCUUCCUCUCUGAAAUCAAUAAAAAUACAUUUUUUUAAAAAGUAGAAUCAAGAGUGGGAUUUGAGUCCCGGCUCUGACACUACCUGUGACCCUCCACAAAUAACAUAAAUUUUCUAGCCCUCAGCCUAUUCAUCCUCAUAAUGGAGUACUUUUUCUACUGAACAUGUGUGUUACACAUGAGGCCACAAGUAAACAUUUGAACACAUGUAUUGCAUACGAGGACAGAGUAUUAUAUUUUAAUCUUCAUAAAGCCUUUCAGCUCUAAUAGACAGAAAUAUCACAUUUGGAAUCUGCUGCCCCCUACUGUCACUUUACCAAAUUGCAAAUUUUACCUUUCCAAAGCCAUAGAAUCCAAGUUUUUGUCUGUUUUACAUUUUGUAUAUCUAAUUUUCCUUCUUAUAGUUCAUUAAUCUACCUUCCUAUUUACAGGCCAGAUUUUAUUUUAUCCUCACCUGAGGGUAUGUUUUAUUGAUUUUAAAGAGAGGUGAAGGGAGAGAGAGAGAAACAUUGAUGUGAAAGAAACAUUCAUCUGUUGCCCCCUGUAUGCUCCUAGACCAAAUCCUCAAUCUAGGUAUGUGCCCUGACUGGGAAUUGAACCCAGAGCUGGGCACUCUAGGUGCACCCCUGUGUGCACAGUCUUGUAGUUGAACCUUAAUUGCUGUUGGCAUCACUGGGAGGAGUUGACCUCCAGGCCAAUUGGCUGUGAGGACCAGCUGUGACUACAGUGGGAGAACUGCUGUGCAGGAGACACCCCUAUGGAGCAGGACUUGUUUCGGUGGAGCUUUGGUGCUCACUGAGUCUGCCUCUUGAGUUUUCCACUUAUGGAUGUGCAGAGUUGUAAUCUGGCAUGGUCUGAGGCUGUUCACCAGGUACACUGGCUCUAGGGCCUCCAGGAUGGUACAAAGUUAGCCACUGGCUGGGGCCACCUCACAGGUGCUACAGAGGGAUCUGCAGAGGGUUGCUAUUUGCUAUUUGUAUUGGGCUUGGAAGUGCCCAGACGAGGCCCAGCUGUGAAGCAAGGCAGGCUGGUGCUAGUGCCGGGUCUUGGGGCUUUUAUUGAUAGGUUUGGGGCAUGCUGUCACCAGCUGCAGCUUGUUUGAGAAAUUUUAGCUCUGAAGCCCGAGCCAGAACAGGCCAUUCAUAUGGAAAAGCUGCUGCAAACAGCUUGGAUGGGGCUGCAAAUUGGAUGAGGCAGAGUCUCGAGGAAUCUCCAGGGCAGAGCAAACAGUGUGGGCCAUGCUGAUAUGGCUGCCAGUCAGCCCCGAGAAAUGGAAGGUCCCAGCACAGAAACAAUGACCCCUACACACGCCCCUGUCUUGGAGAAAGCUGCCCCAAGUUCCUGCCCCAAUGCUGUAUGUGUCUGAGUCCCCCAGUCCUGGAGCUCAGAGGAAGCCAGACCAUGUAAGUUUGUAUGUGGGCCCUUGAAGAGGAAUACCUGGGAUUCCAGCCACCUCCUAGUCUCUCAGCCACAAUCCUUGCUGGCUUUUACAGCCUGUGGUUGUGGGGACUUCUCUUCCCAGCUCUGAGACCCUGGGCUAUGGGUCUGGUAUGGGACUGGGACCCUUUGCUCCUCUCUGGCGGCCUCCACAGAGGUGCUCUCCCUCCUGAUUUGCAAAACAGCCCACAGGGAUGCCUGACCAGCCCGUUCUGCACCUUUGCACGUCCUACCAGUCUCAGUGUGCUUUCUUCUUUACUUCUCUAGUUGUAGGACUUUCAUUCAGCCAGCUUUCAGGUGGUUCUGAAUGAUGGUUGUUCUGUAUUUUAGUUGUAAUUUUGAUGUGGUUAUGGGAAGCGGUGAGUACAGGUGUUUACCUACGCUGCCAUCUUGGUUCUUUACUUUCAAACUGUGUCUUUGUUUUAGGUGUGUUCCUUAUAAACAACUUGUUGCUGGAUUAUUUUUAUCAACUUGAAUUUUUUCUUUUAAUUGGAGAAUUUAGUCCUUGAUCAAGCUCUCUCAAAAUCCAAUCCCAGUAACGCUUGCUCAACCCUUGCCAGAAUGUACUAACGCUUACAUUUUGGGUGUCCAGUCUUCUCCCUUGCACAUCCACAGCCAGGUUUUGCUAGAAUUUAAUCCUGGCUAUAAACCUUGCAGCCAAUAGUAGUGGGGACAGUUGUCUGCGAGGUGGUGGGGGUUGGGUAGCAGCAUCUCUAGCACCUUCUAGCCUAACAGAGGUGACUCAUUAGGGAAGAGGUGGGGUACUUCUGUAAGACCAAGGGUGUAGGCACUGCAGAGUCAACGUCCUCAGGGGUAUCCAUCCAGAUGUCCCCAUGGCACCAUGUCCCCAAGGUUUUCUCUACCAGGGCCAUAACGAUGAGAUGGCCAGCCUGAAGCUCAGCUGUUUCAACCCGGGCCUCCUUGUAAGCUUCCCAGAGGUCCGCUGGCUCCCCUAUUUCAGCACUAACAGCUUGUUAACAACCCUUAGUCUCAUUAUCCUUCUUCAGGUCAUCAACACAACCCAGCAGUAACCAACCAACGUUGCUAUUCUUGUAGGCAUUGUUCUCCCCAUGUUAGCAAAUGCAUGUGUCACUGAACUUCUAGAGAAUUCCUCUCCAUGAGGACAUUUGUCCAAGUUACCACUUGUGUCUGGAGUGUCCAAGACCAUCCUCAGAUUGAGUCAUUUGCUAGAAAAAAACCAUAGGACUAAGCAUAGACGUGUCCUCACAAGUAUGGCUUAUUAGAGAACAUCAACCAGAAUCAGCCUAGGGAAAAGGUACAUGAACAAACCAGAGGAAGCCAGGCCCAAGCACCGAGUCCUGUCUCCGUAGUCGCACAGGAUGAGCUUAACUCCUCCCACAAUGACCUGUGACAUGUACAAAGGACGGCCGUCAGGGAAGCUGGCCUGAGCCUGGGCGUGGGAGGCAGGGUUCUUAUGGGGCUCAAUCACAUAGGUGCACUCUGCUGGCACAUCACCAAAAUCUCAGAUUCCCAGAAGGAAAACAAGUGUUCAACAUAAACCCUGUUGUUUGUACAUACAUCUCAGACACAGUAAAUAACUCUUAUCAGCUAAGAAAUGCGGGAAACACUCCUAAAAUCCUCAUUGCUGGACAUUAGCCGAAGGCGACCUUGCAAACAGGUCUUUGUAAGGAUAACAGGUUCAGGCCUGUUAUGUUAACUCUUCUCUGCACACCCUCUGUGAAAUAUUCGGUAACUGGGCCAUGACCUGUCCCAAGCAAUGCAUGUAUCCUAGAUACAGACCAGAAGGUCAUCCUCUUUCCCCUCCAGGUGGGAGAUGAGCCACUUCCUAAUCUCCUAUUAAACUGUUUCCUCAGCUCUCACCCUGGUCCACUGUUAGUCCGAGUCCUUCAAAAAGCAGACACCACGACCAAGAAGGGCUCAGCCAUGUCAAGGAUUAAAUAGGGGCAAUGCGGGUGAGGAAAAGUCAGGAGGGAGCUGGGGUUGGUCGGAGGCUGGGAGGCAACCAGAUCUCAGGCAGGCCUGACCCCAGGUGAAUGAAAGGAGGCAGGAAGCCUGGGUGAAAGCAACUUAAACUUUAUUGUAAUGCUAAGGGAGUCUGGCAAGGCUGUCAGGGAGUCAAGCCAAAGUCACGAAGCCAUAAACUCCCUCUCAAGAUCAGUGGUUGAGAUGCAGCAAUAGGUUUCAGAGCGCAGCAGCUGGGCGGGCCUUGUCCGCAUGCGCCCUCCUGGGGAUGACAGAUGCUUUCUCAGGCUGCCACAGCAGUGAUCACAGCUUUCACAAUACACCUGGAAAAGAUUUAUUAUCAAACAAACACUUAGCAUCCACACAGUCAUUUGUAAUACCUUUUAGUUAAAAAAAAAUUGUAAUCCCACAUAAAAUAGAAUGUUGAUUAACAAUGAGAAUACAAAUAAUCUUUUACAUUUCAUAAACUGAACAAUCUAAUGUGAUACUGUUCUGGAAAAGACUUUUCCAAAUUACUUGUUUAAUUAGGAGCUUAAACUGAUACAUAGUCAGCAUUAUUACAUUAGGACUAAAUCAAGGUUAGUCCAUGACAAAAAUAAUUAUUUUUAAAUGUUCAUAACAAGUAAUACUCCUGAAAAACAAACAAAACACCUGAUCAAUGUUUACAGAUGUUUCUAAAAAUUAUUUUACAAAUAAUUUGGGAACUUCCAAAUUAUAUCUGCUUAGAUGAUAAAAUGGAAGAAUAUCCUCUUACACACUAUCUAGUAGGAUUGAUUUUCUAAUUAUUAUCAGUGUUAUCCUCACAGAUAACAAUAGCUAUUAAUUUUUGUAAUACAAAACCAACCCAAGGAGACUAGUUUUUGCCAUCUGCUAAGUUCCAACAGAAGCCGGUCCUACAGUUGCUCCAGUAGUGUCUUCCAACCAAACUUGUUUUUUGUUUUGUUUUUAAAUAUAUUUUUAUUAAUUUCAGGGAGGAAGAGAGAGGGAGAGGAUAGAAACAUCAAUGAUGAGAAUCAUUGACUGGCUGCCUCCUGCACGCCCCCAGAGGGGAUCAAACCUGCAAGCCAAACAUGUGCCUUGACCAGGAAUUGAACCGUGCACUCCUGGUUCAUAGGUCAAUCUCAACCUGUGAGCCACACCAGCCAGGCCAACCAAUGUGCUUUUAACUAGCUCAGGUUAAACCAGUGGUUCUCAACCUUGGCUGUACAUUAGAAUCAUCUGGGAAUCUUUUUAAAAUCCUGAUUUCUGGGCCUCAUGCAGCCAAGGUUGAGAACCACUGGAUUAAACAGUUCCUCAGAUGAGUUAAUUCCUACCCCAAAAAAUUGUUCUACCACAGUAACUAGGUUCAGGCCUUGCAUGAACUUUAUGACUUGUUGGUACAAAUAAUAGAAGCUACUAGAAAUAAUUAACAAACCAAAGUAUUUAAUGUGAAACAAAAUUCAUUAAAAAAUUGAGAUUGAUACCAUUUUUAAUGUAGAAGAUGCCAUCUUUAUUUACAGGCUUAUUAAAAAAAUAAUAAACUCAACUUAACGAGAUAUAAUACAUUUAUCUGAGGCUGAGCCUAAGUGGAAGACCAGAUACGUGUAAUAGGAUAUCAAUUAUAAUUAUAAUUAUAAUUAUGUGCAACUUAGGCAUGAAUUAAAUAGAUUUUGUUUCUAAACAGAAAAACAAAAUAAGUUCACUGUGGGGGGAAAAAAACCCAGCACCAAGACAAACCGUGCUAACUUUUGACAACUGUUCAGUAUAAUCACCAAGACUUACAAAUUUUCAUCUCUUUUAAAUCUAUUUUAGUAAGUCUAAUGACCUGUUUUUCCAACAUAUUCAGAACAGAUACUUAGAAGAGCAUUUAGAGGUUAACAUGUAGCUGUACACACACAACCGUCACACUGUAUUGAAAAGUUUUUCUCAGCUACUCUGAGUGUGCAGUGUUUCCUUUCCUUUCAACUGAUUAUGCCAGUUCUCUCCUUGUGUUUGGUUUUGCCCCAGAAACUUCAGUAUUAUGCGUUUCUUUCCUAUACAUGUGAAAAUAAAAAACUGCUUCUCAUUCAGUCCUUUGGAAAAAGUCUAAUUCUUAAAGACCUUAUAUCCAAAAUGAACUUUUAACUGGGUAGUUUCUAACAUGUCAGGAAGCUCACAGUAGCAUCUGAGCGACAGUGCUCUCAAGUAGCCGUGCAAACCAAGGUGCAGCAGAACGAAAAGGGAACUGACCCAUGCAAGUUUAAUUUUUAACUACCUGGAAAUUUUCUUAUUCUGUUCAUCAGCCCUUGAAAGGAGUUAUAUCAUAACCAUCUCUCACAAUCUUAUUACACAGCACCUUUAUAGAUAUGCCAACUGAAGGCCCUAAAAAAAUUCUUCAUAGACUCAGUAGACAGUGCUUGAAAGUCAAAAAGUUUUAGCUAAUAUUUCCUAAGAAUUCAGUCAUAGAUAUUCUCUGAAAAAAUGCCAGUCAUCCCAUUCUGUUUUAAAAAAAUAAAAACAACAUGGUUUUGAGUCACACACAAAAAAACAUUUUCAGACUUGCUACAAUGCAAAUUUUCUACAUGAGAACACUGGCUAAAUUCCAGCGUGCAGAGCUCAAGUCAUGCAUGGGGGUACGUGUUUGCAGCUGGGGGAAUGCAUAAGGAGAAAGCAUUUGUUUUCUUUUAAGAGGCCUAGCCUAGCAUGUCAGGAGCAAACAGUAACAUGUAGCUUGCUUAUGCAGUUGUACAAUUAAAUACUAGCUUUUGCUUAGAGGCAUCUUUAUCCUACAAAGUAUUUUAAUAUCAGUAACAAUAUAUACUAUGAAGUGCAUUUCUAUUACAAAUUAACAUGGAGAUAUUCAGAUGAAUAAAACCACCAAAACAAACCAUAAAUGAACAAUAGUUAAAACAUAAAAUUUAUAAAUAGCAAAACCACCAAAUAAAGUAUAUACAUUUUACAGAUUUACUUAUGAACAAAUAUAUAUAGUGCAUCUAAGAAAGACAAGAAAAUGUGUUGUAUCACAUAACAUCUGAACAUUAGAAAUGAAGAACUGAUAAUACUCUAAGGUACUGGCAGGCUUUUCCCCACACUUAAUAGUCCCUUAAAUGUAUAUCAUUUAAAACAGUGAUACUGGCAAAACUAUCACCUCUUUAAAAGUAAUAUUUUCACUUUCCCCAACAAGGUACAGUGGCUGCAAGAACAGUAAAGGAAAGAGCACUACUCCAUGCUUAAUCCUGGGAUAAGAAAACUAGCACAUCAGAAGUUUGCAUAUGAAACGCUCUUUAGUCAAACAGACACUGAUGUGAAAAGCCAACCAGAACAAUUACUGUAUGAAAAUAUCUUUACCUUAUCUUUCCUACCAGUACCUCAGCUUUUCAGGUGACUAGGAAAUGUUACUCUGAGGAAAAACUGCUAUUAGAAUGCAAUAUAUUUUGUUGAUAUAGUAAUAAAUUUGAGCUUUUACUGUCAGAAAAAUGUAUUUGUAAGUGCCAGGACUAUCACAGCAAGACACACUUUAUAAACAACUCAAAAUGUAUAAAACUGUCUUUUGUAGAUCCCAGAAAAAAAAAAAAGCAUUUUAGACUACACAGUAAUAACGUAAU